AUGUUUUCUUUUACACCAAGCGAGACUUCAGCUGGCGACGCAAGUCUGGGCGCCGGCUCGUCCAUCCCUGUCAUGGCUCCCGAGAGCUUCCUGCGCUCCAACGUCGAGCCGUCCAAUCCAAUCACGGCCAGGACUGAGCCGCGCUAUUGCGGUCUUCCCAUCUCACCGGAUAUCUUUCCACCCAAGAACGAUCCCGAAUGGGGGUCAUCAACAUGGCUCUCGGCACCAACCCAAGGACCAGCGACCUUCAUGCUCAACAUGGACAUGGUCCAGGCCAAAGCGGAGGCACUGGAGCAGCAGGCUCGUCGAGACAUCGAGGACACGCAGCAGCUGGCGGAUCGACACUCGAAGGAGAUGCUCGAGACGCGCAGCUUCCGCGUGACGCAGGCGUGCGAACACUGCCGCUACCGAAAGGCAAAGGGCAAGUUAUGCACCUUCUCAAAGCAACUCCAUCGCGAACGUGCUCCGCCCCUGCAUGCGCACUUCGAUGUGCUGUCGCAGGGAUCCCGUCCGCCGCCGCCGUCCAACAUGUUCAUCAAGCCCGCCAAGGUCGGCCCCAUGAGGGACAAGUUCCGCCUCGCCCGUACGCUGUACGACUCUACGCCUUACGGUGUCAGGAGCGAACCAGGAUACGGUCCAGCUUGGGCUUCGGCGCCGCGGGAGAUUAUGAGCGCGCCACCAAGCUCUUCGGGAGCGCCAUCGUACCUGGAAGAAAUGACGCCUGGCUCGUACAGUCUGCCUCAAUCACCCAUCUCGCUGCAACAGCGUGCACCGGUCCCGCAGCCGAUGUAUCCAUUUGGUGCUGGAAUGCUGCCGCCCCUGUCCUCCGACCUCGUCACGAGGGACGAACCGCAGCUGGGCGCCUUCUACCCCGUUGCCGAGCUGGACACGACAUCUCAAGGUCGCCCUUGGAGCAGCGCCUCCAACAUGCACCCCGACGACAAUGCAGCUGUGGCUUACAGCACUGCUUCCACACCAAGCGCUCCACCCAACAGGUCGGUGCGCGCCGAAUCGUCGCUCCUUGUGCGCCCACCGCUCUUCUCUCCGGGCAUGAUGUGGACUGAAGUACAGUCUGCAUCUAAAAGCCAGCUUCAGUCGGCUCCUAUCGAUAUGACCUCGGAAGGAACGUACAUCAGUCCUUCCUCGAGGAGCGGUACUAGCUGGGAUAGCCAGGUUACGCACACAAGCUUCUGA